AUGCAUCUGUUUCUUGGUUGGCGUGAAAUGGAAGAUCAAAUUGGUACAUUAGGAUACUCAAUUGAAAAUUAUCUAUGGGGAGACGCUCGUGCUCGUCAUACAUUUUUAAUAGCAUGUACUGAUGAACAUCCUUUAGUAUUUAUUGAAAUCGAUGUUGGUAAUCCUGAAAAAGGUAUUCAUAAAAGUAUGAAAUUAAAUAUUAAAGAAUUAGAUGAAAUACCUAAUACAAUAUCUAAAAUUGAAUUCAUUGGUGAAACAUCAUCACCAAUAGCAUUACCACAUCUUAUUAAAUCAGCAUAUGAUUAUGUAAAAGAACAUCCAAACUAUCAUGUAUUAUUAAAUAACUGUCGAACAUUUGUUGAAUAUCUUAUUGAUCAAAUACCAGAAUUUCGCGAUUCUAUACCACGUAGAAAUGGUUCUAUACUUGAAUAUUAUCAUGCACAAGCGAAAAAUGAACAUCCAGGAGCUUUACUGAGAAGUAAAAGAUUUUUGAAAGAUAUUCAUGAUUUCCAUCGACGCAACAGAGAAUAUAAAUAUGCUAGUCUAUUAGUAUUACACAUGGAAUUACCUAAACUAGAUAAUGAUAAUGAUGUUCGAAUUAUUGAAACACGACUUUGA